CGAAAAAAAAAUCACGGAAGCGGUUCGAGUCUGACAAGUUUUUUUCUUUUGAGGUAGGAAAGAAAAGGGACAGGGAAAAAAAGAGGUUUAACUGCAGCUACUGCGAACUGUCAAUCCGUGCUGUCCGCAUUUUAGGAGCGAAAGCAAAGAUGGAGGCAGCAAUUAAAACCGUGGUGAGUGUGUUCCUGAAGUCAUCCAAGGGCAAGGAAAACCUCGGAGGGAAGGAGUUCCAGAGCCUCGUGAAGGGCCAGCUAAAAAACAUUCUGACGGGCUCAGAGGACAAUGAGGCAGUAAAAAACAUGCGUCAACAGCUUGACAACAACCAGGAUGGGAAGGUCAGCUUCCAGGAGUAUAUGAAUCUGAUUGGCUUUCUGGCACAGGCUGUCAGCGAACAGCGUUCUUUGGAAAAAGAAACACAACCAGAGAGUUCAACCCAGGAGACGCAGGCUGAGCCGGCAGCCAAUGCACAGGCAGAGCCGCCGAAGGCAGAGCCACAGGCGGCAAAGGAGGUGGAGAAAGAAGACGAGCCAGUGACCGAGGAGGCAGCGGCCGAAGAGCAGAAGCCAGAGGAAGAGAAAAAAACAGAUGUGGAACAGGAAGGGGCGAAAGUUGAAGAGAAUAAAGCUGAAGAGAAGAAUAAAACAGAGGAAGCAUCGUAGGAGCUCGAGGAAGUGGAGAUUGUCGCAUCUCAAAUGCUUCUGUGUUUGUUUUGUUCAUCAUUUUCAUUAUUGUGAUAUUUUAAUACAUAUAUAUGAAACCUG